GACGGCGAACGUGCAACAAAAAAGCAACAUGGCGUCAAAUAUUUCUUAUAAAAUUUUAUCGGUUUUACUUCUUUUCGUUCUAUUGUUGUCUCACUCUCUUGCUGCAAAAGAUUUAGACAAAAACUCAGAUGAAAACGAUUUUGCUGAAUUUGAGACAGAAGAUGACGACGAAAGCGACGAUGCUUAUGAAGAUGAAAUAGAAACCAAACCGGCUGAAAGAAACAGGGCUAAGGGCACUGGAGUUGGUGACGAUAAUAGUGAUGAUGAUGUUGAUGUUGAAACCGAUGAUGGAGGUGAAAGUGAUGAGUCUGAUGAAGCAGAAGAAGACUUAACUGUUGAGACUGAAGAUGAUUAUGAUCAUUUUGCUGAUGAAGAAGAGUUUGAGGGGUACUCAAGAGACAAGUCUGGCAGUAAAGGAAAACAAUCUGAACCUGACCUAAAGAUAGCAAAGGUUCCAUUGCAUUUGAGAGCAAAUUGGGAAGGAUUUUAUUUGGAAAUUUUGAUGAUUGCUGGUUUAGCAGCUUAUGCUUUGAACUUCUUUGCUGGCAGGAGUAAAAAUUCAAAACUUGCCACAGCCUGGAUGAAAUAUAACAGAAGCAUUAUGCAGGAUAAUUUUUCAAUUGUUGGUGAUGAUGGAUCAGGUGAUGAACCCCAACAAGGAAUUCUUGUGAAAGAAAGUGAAAGUCAUUAUUCUUUGUGGUGUUCAGGAAGAGUGAAUUGUGAAGGACUUCUUGUUGAGCUGAAGUUGCUUAAAAGGCACGAUUUGGUUCAUGUUCUCACAUACAUGUUCAAGCCAACUUCAGAUAAAAUGGUUGCAACAGUUUACAUGAGUGAUGAAGACAUGGAUAACUUUGUCUUUGCAAUCUAUCCAAAACGCACAGCGGGAAGAAUGCAGAAAGAACUUCAAGAUUUAAAUUUCUUCUGCCCAGAACGACGUCCUGCGGAGAAAGUUGGGUUACCCAGUACAUACAGUAUUUUAUCAGAAAGUGCAGAAAUGCUAAGCUUGCUCUCAGUGACCGUGACAAAGCUAAUAACAGAUAAAAGCGAUCUAUUUGAAAGCUUACACUUCUCUGAUCAAUAUGUUGGAUAUAAAAAGAAUCCAGAUGAAGCAGAAAAUCCUGAGGAAAUGAAGCCACAAAAAGCAAGAAAAGUUCUAAUUUUUACAUUUAAUCUUCCUGGUAAAGGAAAGACGAAGUACACUUACAUGGAAAUGUGCAAACCCUUAAUUAACUUAAUAUUUCAUUUUAUGGAUAAAGUAAAGAAAUUUAAACUAAGUAAAGAUGCUAAAACAAAAUCUGAUAAGAAAAGACGAGAAAUGGAGGAAUCGUUUUGGAAACAAGCUCACGCUUCCCGUCAAGAGGCGGCUCAGUUACGUCGUGAGGAGAAGCAGCGUGCAGAAAAAGAACGCAUAAUGAAUGAAGAUGAUACUGAAAAACAAAGACGAUGGGAGGAGAAAGCACAUAAAAAAGAAAUGAAAAAACGAAACCCUGCGUUCAAAAUGAAACAACUGAAGGCGAGAGCCUAACGCAAACUCCUGCAUGCACUGUCUGUAAUGGCCAUAAUCAUUAUAACUAUAUAUAGUUAUAGUUUGUUAGUUUGCAGGUUUCAUAUUUUUAAUUUAUGCAAUUUAAAAUAAAAUGCCCUCUCAUUGUGUAAACGUUAAUGCAUUACUGAAAUGGACACAUCAGAUAAAUAUCAGCGUACGAAUAAGUAUUUUUAUUUUCUAUUUUGACGUAGAAAUUACACAAUGCUUGUUUACAUGAA